UGGAAACCUCUUGCCAAAACAAGAAUAAAAAAUAGAGAAAUAUGAAAACAGACAACACUGCAUUGGAGGAACCAGAGAUCUGCGAAGAAAUCACAUGUACAUCCGGCAAUAUACAACGCGAUACCAGCCGUACCACUCACAAGCGUCUCGGGGAUGCGUACUUUGCGCGUCCGUUUCUGAGAAAAAGGGAUAGACUGCCUCGCUUGUGGAUACAUUUCGUUUAAAAUGGACAUUGCACUGGUUGGAUUUUGCCAGGGAACAGCAAUGUACAUCCAGAUAAAUUCCUAAACUUGCGUUUUUCCUAUUUUCAGCCAGCUGACCGUCACGUUUCCAGGGAGAGUUUGCGAUACCCAGGCUGAUCACGAACCACUUCACGGAUUAUUAUACAGUCGGGCUAAAGAGGCACCGGUGUCUUCAAGGUUAUGGAUUGGCCGUGCUCAUGAUGUUUUCGAAUUUACCACGUUUAAGCGGAUGACACCCCAAACUGCAACUGCACUACAGUGAGCUGGGCCAUUCCUGCACAAGAAAAUGCAUAUCUGGAUACUGAAAAUAAUAUUGCUGGUUGCCACAUCUCUGAGUCUGGUUGAGAUGUAUGACAGUUAUGGGGAGAUCUGUAGGAAUCUGUGCACUUGCGAGGAGAAGGAAGGAAUUCUGACGGUCAGUUGUGAGAACAGGGGCAUUGUGCGGCUGUCGGAAAUAAGCCCAGUGCAGUUUUCUAUGUACCAUCUUUUGCUGACAGGUAAUUUGCUGAAAAGACUGUCUGUCAAUGACUUUAUCAACUAUACCGGAGUUACCAUUUUGCAUUUAGGUAAUAAUGACAUAUCUGAGGUGGAGACCGGGGCAUUCAACGGACUCCAGGGAUUAAAGAGAUUACAUUUGAACAAUAACAAAAUAGACAUUCUUAGGGACGACACUUUUGUCGGACUUGAGAGCUUAGAAUACCUUCAGAUAGACUAUAAUUUCAUUAGCACUAUUGAACCUAAUGCUCUGAGCAGGCUUCAACAACUGACUGUGCUGAUUCUCAAUGACAACUUGUUGUCCUCUCUGCCCACAAACAUUUUCCGGAACGUGCCCUUGACGCACCUGGAUCUUAGGGGCAACCGCUUAAAAAUGUUCCCUUACAUCGGCCUUUUAGAGCAUAUGGACAAAGUAGUGGAAUUACAGCUUGAGGAGAAUCCGUGGAAUUGUUCUUGUGAGCUCAUUGCGCUUAAGGCUUGGCUGGAGAGCAUCGCCUACACAGCUCUGGUGGGGGAGGUGGUAUGUGAGACUCCUUUCAGGCUCCAUGGCAGGGAUCUGGACGAGGUCUCAAAGCAGGAACUGUGCCCCAGAAGGGCCAUAUCAGAGUACGAGAUGCGCCCCCCACCCCCGCUCAGCACCAGCGGCUAUUUCCAGACUACGCCGGCAGCCGUGACAGCAUCAGCCACAUCUUCAGCCGUCCUGCGAUCCUCGUCCAGGCCGACCAAGGGCACCCGCCAAUCCAGCAAAACCAAGUCCAAGCCCACUUCUCGAAUCCCAGUCAACCCCUACAACUACGGGCCCAUCAUUGCUUUUCAGACCAAAUCUCCCGUGCCUUUGGACUGCCCCACCACCUGUACAUGCAAUCUGCAAAUCUCCGACCUGGGGCUAAAUGUCAACUGCCAGGAAAGGAAGAUUGAGAACAUAUCAGAUCUGAAGCCCAAGCCAUACAAUCCUAAAAAGAUGUAUCUCACAGGGAACUACAUCCCUGUCGUGCGUAGAUCUGACUUUGUGGAGGCUGAGGGACUGGAUUUAUUGCACCUGGGAAACAAUCGGAUAGCACUCAUACACGACAGAGCCUUUGGGGAUUUAAUUAACCUACGUAGGCUGUACUUGAAUGGCAAUUUGAUUGACAGACUUACAGCAGAUAUGUUCUUUGGGCUAAAAAGUCUGCAGUACUUGUAUUUAGAAUAUAAUAAGAUUCGAGAGAUUGUAGGUGGCACCUUCCGCUUUGUGCCCAACCUUCAGCUACUUUUCCUCAAUAACAAUCUUUUAAAAACGUUGCCAGGAGGCAUCUUCUCUAGUCUGUCUCUCUCCCGCCUCAACCUUCGCAGCAACCAUUUUCAAAACCUGCCUGUGAGCGGAGUUCUGGACCAGCUGAAAGCACUGGUUCAGAUUGACCUGUUCGAGAACCCUUGGGAGUGCUCCUGCGAUGUGGUCGGCAUGAAGAUCUGGCUGGAGCAGCUGAACACGGGAACGGUGGUAAAUGACGUCAAAUGCGUGUCUCCCAAGCGGCUUGCGGGACAGGAUAUGCGUGUCGUCCCUUCUGAGCAGUUGUGUCCAGAUUACUCCGAUGUCAUCGUGUCCACCGUGGUUCCUUCCGAGGAGCCUUCGGCAGACAGGAUCACCACCACGGAGACACCCCAGAGGUUUAACACCCCUUCCAGUAAUGUUCCUCUGUCUGUCCUCAUUCUCAGCCUCCUCCUUGUUUUCAUUAUGUCAGUGUUUGUGGCAGCCGGCUUGUUUGUGGUGGUGAUGAAGAGGCGUAAAAAGUCUCAGAGCGACCGUACCAGCACAAACAACUCUGAUGUGAGUUCCUUCAACCUGCAGUACAAUCUCUAUAGCAAUCGCUCCGUCCCCAAGGUCAAGGCACCAGCAGGUCACGUCUACGAAUACAUCCCCCAUCCGUUAGGUCACAUGUGCAAAAACCCAAUCUACAGGUCCCGGGAAGGGAACGCUGUGGAGGAUUACCCCGAUCUACACGAACUCAAGGUCACCUACAGGAGUAAUGCCGACGAGGACCAGGAGGUCACCUUGAGGAGCCCCAAUUACACAGUGAGCACCAUCGAGCCUCGUGAGCAGCCAUCCCCUGUCCAGGAUGCAGAACAUUUUUUCAGAGGGAUCCUGGAGCCGGAUAAAUCCCCAUCGACUGCUGGCAGCAGGUUUGAAUAUAAGUACACUGGCCCCGUCCCGUACACAUACCAACCAAACUUCGACGUUAGGCGCCAGUUCUUACAUCCUGAAGGAAUACGAGAGACUAUGCUAUAUGGUACAGCGCCAAGUACUGUCUUUGUGGAGCCCAAUAGAAACGACUAUUUGGAACUAAAGGCAAAACUUCAAAUAGAGCCGGACUACCUCGAAGUUCUUGAGAAACAGACAACACAGAGCCAGUUUUAAAUCUUGGUCUAUCUAUAAAUGCAGUAGAAGCAUUUUUCCCCUUGUAUUGACUCAAACUGGAGGGUGCCUUGGCACAAUAUACAUCAACGUAAAGAAAAAAAAAAUCCAAAACCUUAAGUGGGGUGUGCCGAACUAUGUUACUUUAAUUUCAGAACCACAUGGCAUUACAGAAAUAAUUAAGAAUGAAAAUAAAUAAAUAGAGCUCGCGGAACUUGGAUUAAAGCACGAGUUGUGAUAUAAACUGGCGAUGCAAAAUCUAUUUUUUUAUGUGGAUGAUUGAAUACGCAUAAAUCUAAGUGUACAGGUUAAUCUCACCCAAAUACAUUUUCAGGAAUAUAAUCAUACAAAUAUUGUGAAUUUAAGGGAGUCGGGGAGGGGUUUCACAUACAAGAACAAAAGACAAAAAAAAAAAAACACAACUUUCUGACAGAAACACUAUACAGCAGCGCAUCCAAUUGAGCAGGACAAUUUCUCUGCUUUAGUCUGUAAGUAAGUACUGUAUUUAUUGGUAUACUCUUUGCCAUGUAUUUUCAACAUUUUUUCAAUGCUCAUCAAUAUUAUGUGUGUCAUGUCUCAUGAUUCUCUGUACGAACAUUUCGUUUGUAGUUUCCGAUCACUUACUGUAGCUUGCAUUGUACAAGUGGCUUUUUUUCAGCAGUGGCACACCCCAAUGUCGAAGAGAGACUUUGCAUCAUUUAACAAUUUCAAAGGAAAAGUGUCUUUGUAUGCUGUCUGCACUUUUUUGGAAGAUGGAAGGCCACAGGGUCUUCCCAGCUAACAUUAGAAGAAAUAUUAUAUAUUAAAAAUGAAUAUGUGUAUUCAUUCUUAAUAUGUAUUUUUAAUAUGUUAUAUCAAAAUUCAUAAAUAAUAAUUGAAGUAAUAAUUAUGUUGUGUAAUACUGAUAUUUUAAUGUAACACCUAUUUUUAUACAAGCAUUCGCAAUUCUCUUUCCCUUAUCGUUUUCAUUGUUUUGAUUGCUUUGCACUUAUUGCACUAUAUUGACCAAAAUAUGUUUAUGUCAUCAAUAAAUAUGAUGUCGGUUCUUAUAGAAUGUUCUUGGAAAUUAAAACCAGCUUGAUUAUAGCUUUCACCAGGUAACCAACAAUUGUAGGCCCAUUGUAAGUUGACAGGAGUUAAUUCAAUAGCUCAGAUCAAUACCACCAAGCCUGUUACUUGGCAAACCUCUCAACUCAGGUAGUUUGUAUGUAUUGGUUCUGCUCACAAACCCCUUAUUCUUCAAGCAGGAGAGCGGAGCACACGAUACGGCACUAAAUAGGGUCAACUGUUCUUACAGUGUAGGAAACAACAAGAAAUCGAUAACAGCUAUUCUGCCUUAUGCUAAUAAUAGAGGUAAACUACUAUUACGAACGGGUGAAAUUAUAGCGUUCUAGCAAUAUGCAAGCAGAUGCUUUCAAAACGAGGGUUUGCAUCGAACGAUCGCAAACUCCUUUUGGAGAUUGCUAGUUGUUUAGAUCGAUGGAUUAUUUCAAUGCUACUUUGAUCUUUAGAGGUGCUUUAAAAGAACUUCACCAUUUGCCCUCUAUACCAUGACAGACUAAAAUAUUGGAACAGCUGUAUCUGCCGGUGGAUUUUAAAUUGCUGUGUCGAGUGUUGAGAGGAAGCUGGGAGGGAAGCUGACCUGGCCCUCUACUCAAUGAUAAAGAGGUCUGCUUUGUACCCAGUGCCUCACUAGGCUCAAGGGUCCUAUUCCACUUUGAGCAUGAUGUGGAUCUUUUUAUAGCUGCGGAAAAUGAAGGCUGCAUCUAAGGAUGAGGGGCUUGAAUAAUUUGGGUAACCUGACAACUUGUCUUUAUAAGCUGAGGAGGGUGAGUCGCAGUGUUGUAAAGCCACAAAGGGGCUAUUAUGAGAGGACCGACCUUGACAUACUGUUACACACUGAUGCGCUGCUGAGGGUUGUUAACGUAAUUAAUAACGUGAAAGAGUUGAUUGUCAGGGGACUGUGCAUUUUUAAUUUUUUUUUUUUUUCAUUCUUGACCAUGUAAACCUAUUUUGGAUUGUACGUUGCCUUUCUCUCUGUCAUUUUUUUUUUUAUUAUUCAAUAACCUCUGAAUUAGCAGGCAUAAAUAAAACUUUGAGCGUUGAAUCGAAACAACAUCUUCAGAAAACAUAAUUGGAGUCUUCUGGAUCUGUCUCCUGGGUUCAAGCUCUACAGCAAGAAAACUUCAUUUGCAUCCAUCUGCGUCAAGGAUAUCAGCAUCAGAAGGUCAAAUGCCAUGGGUGCCGUUCUUCCAAGGUUGUCGACAAAACCCGCAGUCAUUGCAUGUUUAGGAUGCAUUCCAAAAUUGUGCAAUACGGAACUGAACAUUCCCAGCCCCAUCACCAAAAUUAUCUCCAUUUUAACGCAUGCCUCGUACCAUUAGCUGAUAUUGUUUUUGGCCACCGAGCUAAUGUGUGCUCUGAACCAAAGGAUAUUUUCAACAGCGAGGGCUGCAUUACUCAUUUGGUGGCACAAAAGUAAGACGAAAACAUCAGUUGCAUACUUCCAAAUCCACAAAUCGCAAAUGAUGCCUCUUAAUCGGCAUG